GAUCGUCUAGGGACAAAUCGGUUUUACGCAGCACAUCGCCACGAGAACUGCUCCUUAACCUUAUAGGACACCUACUCUAGCCAUCCGCACCUAUGCACUGUACGAAAGCGCGAACGUACGUAUGAACCGAGGAACCGACAAAGCCGAGUCUACCACAAGGGCCUAGUCUACAUCGGCCAGAUCCGAACAAAGUGUCUAGGAUCGCCAUCAAGAAUCACAAUAAUACCUCAAGAGGUUACUUUGAGAGGUUACUUUGAGAGGUUACUUUGAGAGGUCACUUGAAUCUUUCGUGAGAUUAUUUCCAGUUCAUUCCCGUGCAAGAGCUGCAGCCUGCAUGACCAUAAGACGAGAGACUAUUCCUCUCCAGAGUUGUAUCAGACCAUAGCAAUCUACGCAGCACGCAUAUAUCAGCUGUUUACCCUUAUCAGAAUCCAAGGGCAUUGCUCGUAUCAUCAUUGGGUAUCAUUGGUUUCAAGACAUAACAAAGUUUACGUGAACUCCACCUAUCAGCUAAUCAAUCCACAACAAGACUUGGAACAAUUAUUUUGAAUUUUUAUUUCUACGGAGUACCAAAACUCGGAGACUCAGAAUCUUUCUUUUCUUUUCUCUUCGCUCUCAGGCACUGGAACAUUUUUUCUCUUCAUGUCAAACUAAACAAGCGCACCCUUCAACAUCAAUUGUCCAUAUCCCCCGUCAGUUGAUCUACAUCACACAGUCCCAUUUUGAGGGUAGCUGGUUCCACACCCUUUAGAGUGCCUGUUGACUCGAGAUCGGAAACUGAUAUUUCGAUCGGUCUUUUUCUUGAAAGACCUUCAAUCCCUGUUUGGAAAAUUAAGAAAAACUUGAGACGAGUCCCCCCCCGCCUUGAUUUCGACUACUCGAGUAGGGCUCCUCAUUGGUGUUGGCAUUGGCAUUGGCAUUUUCAUUUAACAGAAUCAUCUCGUUACCAUUAUCAAUUUGAAGAAUUAAUGUAAAAGUCCGAGAAGCCUCUUCCGAAAGUCUAAAUGAAACCUUUUCUUUUUUCAUAUUCUUAAGCAAACGAACCAUAUCUACUACUACCUAGCACGUAGCAACACUGCGCCGCACUCACAUCUCUUAUACAUAUCACCACCGUUACAUCUGCCCGCAUUCCAAGCCAAGGGUCUGCCGCCUUUUCUAUUUUGGUGAACGAGAGUACAUAUCGAGUAUUACUCUUCAGAAACACAUUAUAUCUUAUGUUGAGAUCUACUGAGAUUUAUCACAUACUUGAUAACUCCAUCAUUUCGAACGAUCAGCAAGAUAAAGAAACAGACACAGCAGAUUUAGCAUCUCGUUGCUGCGAGACUUCAUCCACAUCAUCGAUACACACAUACAACAUGUCAUCCUACACAUUUUCCAGAGCCUCAUCGGACUCAUCGUCCUCAACCUCCUCCUCAUCGUCCUCGUCCUCGUCCUUUCAAUCAUCAUACUCGAUGGAGCCAAGAGUGGAAGUUAUGCGCUGCUCGAGAUGCGCCAAAACUGUCGAAACCAUCAGCACAAUGCAAUACCAAGGCAACGAGCUACGAAGAGUCAGCACAGAUGAUGCAAGUGCCAACGGGAUGGUACGAUUCGGUCACAACUUGUACUACUGUGAUCGUUGUGCCAAAAUGGUUGGUUACAAGUGAAGCGAGAAUUGAUGAAGGGGUUUCAACGAGCGUGUACAGUGCGACAAAACACAACUUAACAACAACGAACGUACGGGAUUGGGACAUGGAUGGACGUAAAGAUAGACGCCUCCAGAUGGGUUGGAGUUAAGGGAAUAUUUUUUGGAAAGAAGCGCAUGGGAAGGGAAUUGGAAAUUUGGAGUAUGGAGCUACGAUGUGAGGGCACGAUUGAUACCUAUUACCGAUACCGAUUUGUUACAAUACAGUACUACUCUUUACGAUGCUAUGCCAUGCGUUGCCAGUAUCUUUGGGUGAAGAAUUACUGUGCACAUGUGUUAGAUGAUUGCAAGUAUACACUGUACAAUGCGGAAGCGUUUGAGACGUGUGGUUGUAUGGCGUCGCAUCGCAUCACCAUUACAUCCACCCCGCCAAGAGGCUGUAUCAACGACGAGCACAGCCAAACUCAGUACGACCUCAUUUUACAACUUCAUCUUACUAUCGCUAUCGCUAUUACUAUCGACUCGGGCCCCCACAAUCUACAGAUACAGAAAUACCCUCCACUCAAAAAUUCUCCAACACGACACUAUUGUCUCAAAAACAAUAUAUCCUCAAAAACGCAUGCACACAGCCUCUUGUCCCUACUAUCGUUCAUGCCAAGAGAAAAUAUAAAAACACCGGUCAUGUUGCACCCUUAUUAUCCUUGCAUUUUACCCGGACUUGCAAUACCCCACAGAGCGUGGAGCUUUAUGAUUGGGUUCGGACUCGGAGACCUAGGAGAGGAACCGAAUAAAUUCUCUAGCAAGGAAAGCAGUUGCGUGGCUUGAGCGAUUUUUUUUUGGGAAAGAAUGUGGAGUGAUGUCACUGAUGCAUAUCGUGAGAUAAUUAUUUAUCAUUUUCUGAAUGGUCUUAUGAGACUAUUGAAUGGAGGUGGACACCACAGUUCCAAGGGUGCUUUCGUAUUUUUAGAUCUUAUGGCAAGGGCCGUGGAGAUGUUUUUGAUGCUUGGGUUGGAUGGGAGUUACCAUGCAUAUAUCGUCCAUCGUACAUGUAUGUGCACGCGAGGAAACAAGCAAUGAUUGAUGGUUGAUGUAGAUAUGACAUUUUAGCAUUUUGGAGCGGUUUCUUCGGAAACGCCUCAUUGGUUUCAUUUACCGUGUAAAUAUUUAGUUGGGCUGAACUGGGUGUAGCAAGAUCAAGAUCAAGGAAAUAUAAAUAAAACAAACAUCAUACAUUAACA